AUGAAGAGAAAGAUAGAUUUGGUUGAAGAAGAACACGAGAGUGAACAUGAAGAAAGCGAAAGUUCCGGUGAUGAAAGCGAGGAUGAAGAACUAAGAAUAAAUGAAGAACCAAGAAUAAAAGAUGUUUUGAGUCAUCUUUCCCGAGCAGUGUCGGUAAAGCGUGCUUCUGAUUUGCUGCAUAGUAUGGCCGCGUCCAAAGAUGUUCUUUUCUGGACUCCCAGCGGACAAUUACUUCGAAAUAAACGCACUAUUCCCGUCACAAACAUCGCCGAGCUAGUUGAGUAUGCGUUACUCCCUCAUAACAAUGAGGUUAACAAGCCUCGUGCGCUGAAUACGUUUCUAGAUGGACUUGCAGAGUUAGGAAUCGAUAAAGGUUUAGUCAAGAACAAAAAAUUGUUAAGUGAUUUAAUAGAAAAGGAAAAAGGCUACCGAAAUGUAGAAAAUACUUCCGAUAAUGAGAGUAAUAAUGAGGAGAGUUCAUCGGAUAUUGAAAAUCAGGAGAAGGAGGAGGAGGUGGCUUCUGAGAAUGGCGUUGAAACUGAAGGCACCCAAGAGCGCGACAACGACACUGAAAAUGAUAGUGAGGAAACAGAAAGUAGUAGCCUUGAAACGUCCAUCACCUUUCACUCUAAAAGUCCCUGUGGACAUUGCGAAAACUCUAAUGUGUACUCCACAUUGAUCAUGAAAUGUCCUAAAUGCUUUUGGCACGAUAACUACAAGAUUUGUCCUAUAUGCGAUCACGAGAUCUCCGAGGAGAGAAAAUAUAUCAAAGAGGGCUUUCUUCGGUGUCACGAUUGUGGAUUAAUUACACACAAAAACGCCAAGACGUUGGAAACCAGUUUUUAUUCACCUUCUAAAGAGGAGAACGAAGAGGAGGUCUAA